GGAGCCCGCAUCUCUUCGCCCCCCAGAGCUGGAAAUGCAACUGCUGGGAGCUUCGGAGGCUGCUUAGCUGGAGGCGGAGGCGGCCGGGGAGGUCCGAGCGAUGUGACCAGGCCGCCAUCGCUCGUUUCCUCCUCUCUCCUGCCGCCUCCUGUCUCUAAAAUAACUUUUUUUUUUUUUUUUUUUACUAUAAAGAAAAGAGAAAAAAAAAAAAAGUAGCCGCCCGCCCCUCACGCCCUCUCUUCCUCUUAGCCCUCUGACCUGUGAGGGAGCCCGGGGUGCCGCUCCGCCGUCGGGGCCGCGCCGCCGAGCCCCGCCGCCCCCAUGCAUCCCUUCUACACCCGGGCCGCCACCAUGAUAGGCGAGAUCGCCGCCGCCGUGUCCUUCAUCUCCAAGUUCCUCCGCACCAAGGGGCUCACGAGUGAGCGACAGCUGCAGACCUUCAGCCAGAGCCUGCAGGAGCUGCUGGCAGAACAUUAUAAACAUCACUGGUUCCCAGAAAAGCCGUGCAAGGGAUCAGGUUACCGUUGUAUUCGCAUCAACCAUAAAAUGGAUCCUCUGAUUGGACAGGCGGCACAGCGGAUUGGACUGAGCAGUCAGGAGCUGUUCAGGCUUCUCCCAAGUGAACUCACACUCUGGGUUGAUCCCUACGAAGUGUCCUACAGAAUUGGAGAGGACGGCUCCAUCUGUGUGUUGUACGAAGCCUCACCAGCAGGAGGUAGCACUCAAAGCAGCUCCAGCGUGCAAAUGGUAGACAGCAGAAUCAGCUGUAAGGAGGAACUUCUCUUGGGCAGAACAAGCCCUUCCAAAAACUACAAUAUGAUGACUGUAUCAGGUUAAGAUAUAGUCUAUGGAUGGAUCAUCUUAUAAUGGAUGGAUAAAUUUGAUUUUUGCUUUGGGUGGGCUCCUCUUGGGGAUGGAUGGAUUAUGGAAUUUAAAUCAUGUCACAGCUGUGAAGAUCUGGCACAAGAUAGAGUGGUAAAAAAAAUUUUUUUUAAGUGACAGUGCCAUAGUUUGGACAGUACCUUUCAAUAAUUUAAUAGCCUGUGAGUCCAAGUAAAUGAUCACUUUAUAUGCUAGGGAGUGAAGUCCUAGGGUGGUUUCAGUUUCUCCCAGACGCUAUACCUAAAUUUUUACAUCAGUCCCUUUAAUGCAAAUCUGUAUUUCAAAGAACUGUUCUCUGCAGUAGAUCUUGCAGAGGAAAUUUGCACUAUUACACUUGAAAAUUGUUAACUUUUUGGCAGCUGAAUAGGAAAGCUCAACAUUUUAAACAAGGUAGUACUGGAAGUUUUAUGACAAGACUUUUACCUAGCACUUAAAUAUGUAUAAUAAAUGUACAUAAGACAAACCUAGUAGGCAUGACCUGGGGAAAUGGUCAGACCUUGUAUUGUGUUUUUGGCCUUGAAAGUAGCAAGUGACCAGAAUCGGCCUUGGCAACAGGCUUUAAAAUUUAAGACCCUUAAAAAGACACUGUCUCAACUGUGGUGUUAGCACCAGCCAGCUCUGUACAUUUGCUAGCUUGUAGUUUUCUAAGACUGAGUAAACUUCUUAUUUUUAGAAAGUGGAGGUCUGGUUUGUAACUUUCCUUGUACUUAAUUGGGUAAAAGUCUUUUCCACAAACCACCAUCUAUUUUGUGAACUUUGUUAGUCAUCUUUUAUUUGGUAAAUUAUGAACUGGUGUAAAUUUGUACAGUUCAUGUAUAUUGAUUGUGGCAAAGUUGUACAGAUUUCUAUAUUUUGGAUGAGAAAUUUUUCUUCUCUCUAUAAUAAAUUGUUUCUUAUCUUGGCAUUUUAA